CUCCUGCCUGCCGGGUCCGCAGCCUGGAGGCGAGCAGGGCCGAGGACUAGGCUGUGCCCAGAGAGUGGACACUCAACGUCGGGAGGUUCCAGCGUUCACGCGGGUCCUGGGCGGUGCCGAGGGCAGGCGGAGCGUGAGGGAUGGGAACGCUAGCCAAUGGAAACCUGCUAGGGCGGAGUCUGGUCGUGCAAAGAGCGAGGGUGGGAAUGUGAGCCAAUAGGAAUCGUAUGGGGCGGGGCAAACCGAGCCGGGGCGGGGCCUUCUUUAGGGACUGCGGGGGCAUUCCCGCAGUGAGAGCUGGAGUUGCGCGCCUCGGCGGAGCUCUCGGACUUCGCAGGGCGGCCGCGGAGUGGUGUGGAGGGCCGGGCAGGAUUAUUCAAGAUACAGUUGCAGCCAUUUUCAAUGAAGAUCAGUGAUCAAAAUUAAAAAGACAUUACCAAGUUAAACAUGAAAGAAAGGUACUGGAAUCAUUCCACUUCUGACAGGAUACAGUGUACAGUAUUUCACUGUCACUUGUAAUGGUGCCUUUAUAAGAAUCAUCACUUGUCAUGCACCCAUCUGGGAACAUGGAUGUUGGUUUUUCUCGUUCUGCUGUUCAGACACUGUCAAGAAGCCACUGCAGAAACAUCAAACAAAAAAUUUCUCAGUGGGAAAGGAGGACUAAUGGUACAUCUAGUCCAGCUAAGUGGCAUCCAAAGGACUUUGGAGUGAGAUACAACUGUCACCAAGAGAUUCUUCCUAAGAAGACUCCUAUUGCUGAGGGAAAGAACAAAAAGUUGGGAGUAGCCAACUCUCAAAAUGUGGGUUUAGAUAUGAUCAAAAGCCAUGAUCUAAGUGAGGAUGAAGAUGAGAAACAUGAAUAUUACGAUACACACAUAUUUAAAAAUGAAUCAGAAUCCAAUUGGGUAUGUUCAAAGGUUAAACAAAUUGAAAGCUGGAAAGAAGUUGUGUUAGGUCAAGAGACUUUGUUACCUCAAGGAAACUUUUAUACCUCACAAAUAUUGUGGAAGAAAAUAGAAGCACUUCCCCCAGAUAAAGUCAUAAAUUUGGCUCUAGAACAUUGUGGCCCUUCAGAAAAAAAACUGAAUUGUAGUGUUCUAAAUAAUUCAUAUGGAAUAACCAAGAGCUUAGAAAAUAUUUACUCUGAACCUGAGGGUCAAGAAUGUGGACCUUCUAUAAAUCCUUUGCCAAAACCACGUAGGACAUUCAGAUACUUGUCUGAAUCUGGUGUUGUGCCAUAUAAAGAAAGAAACUGUGACAAAAAAUGCUGUGAAAAUAAUUCUUGUGCAGAAUCUUCUUUGGCCUCUUCUCAGGAACCUGAACCAAAGAAAUAUGGUGGAAAAAUUAGAGGGAGAUCUAAAAGGAAAUCCUUUGAAUUUGAGGAUAUUCAGCACUUUCGAAAUCGGAAUUCACAGAAGAUUCAUGAAGAACUUGGGAGAAAUUCUGGUUCAGCACUUUAUUACACACAAUCAGAGGAUAAUAUCUAUGAAGAUGUCAUAUUUCCCACCAAAGAAAAUCCCUAUGAAGAUAUUCCAGUACAGCCUUUGCCCUUGUGGAGAUCACCUUCAGCAUGGAAGCUGCCACCCCCUAAAAGUGCUUUCAGAACACCCAAGCUUCCUCACAAACCACAAUUCCUUCACCGGAAGACGAUAGAACUGAAGAACUCCCAAACUUACUUACGGUCAAAGCUUACGAAGGAUACCACUUUGCCUGUCACUUUAACUGAAUGGAAACUUUUCCGAGCUGGAGAAGUUGCAAACAGAAAGAGGAGAAAUCUUCCAAGGCUUGUAUUGAAAAUAGAGGAUGUAUUUCAAUCUAAGCGAGGAAAGAAGAAGGUAAAGUUACACCCUUACACUGGAAAGGAAGUACCUCCUCCAAAAGGUGAAACCAGUGGGAACGAGAGUGAUGGCGAGUAUCUGCCAAAGAAUCGCCACAAGCGCUUAGCGCAACUGCAGCAGCCUUCCAAGAGGAAUCCUCACUACCAGACCUUGGAGCGGGACCUUAUUGAACUGCAAGAGCAGCAGUUGUUUGAACUUUUUGUGGUGGUUUCUCUGCAGAAGCAGCCAUCAGGAAUAAGCUACACUCCCCAGGUCAUACAGCAGUUCCCUAGCAAGGAUGAUCAUGGCUAUAAGCAAUCAAAAGACACUGAAGAACGGCUCAAAGUUAUCCCAAAAUUUUGUUUUCCGGAUUCAGAGGACUGGCAGCCAACCUCAGAACUCAAGAGUGAAACUUUCUCCUUCGUUUUGACUGGUGAAGAUGGAAGCCGGUGGUUUGGUUACUGUAAGAAGCUCUUGCCAGAAGGCAAAGGAAAGCAACUCCCUGAGGUGUACUGCAUGGUGAGUCGCCUAGGCUGCUUCAAUCUGUUUUCAAAGAUUCUGGAUGAAGUAGAGAAGAGAAGAGAAAUGUCUCCAGCCCUCGUUUGCCCAUUCAUGCGAAGUGUCAUGGAGGCCCCUUUCCCAGCUCCUGGACGUACCAUCACAGUCAAGAGCUACCUCCCUGGGGCUGGAGAUGGGUCCAUUGAACUCUGCCGACCACUAGAUUCACGAUUGGAACAUGUGGAUUUUGAAUGCCUUUUUAAGUGCCUGAGCGUGUGCCAUCUCGUCCGGGUCUGCGCCUCUCUCCUUUUGGAGCGGAGGGUAAUCUUUGUUGCCAACAGUCUAAGCACACUGUCAAAAUGUGGCCAUGCCGUGGUCGCCACCCUGUACCCAUUCACUUGGCAGCACACCUACAUCCCGGUCCUGCCAGCGUCCAUGAUUGACAUCGUGUGCUCACCCACUCCCUUCCUCAUCGGAAUCCUGUCUUGCUCCUUACCGCAGCUCCAGGACCUGCCCAUUGAGGAGGUGCUGAUAGUUGAUCUCUGUGCUGACAAGUUCUUACAGGAGGUAUCUGAUGAGAAUGAAAUUCUCCCACCUAAACUUCAAGCUGCCUUGAUACAGAUUUUAGAAGAACGAAAUGAAAUCUUAUCUCAGGAGCAGAUUUUUUCACAAGCAGAUGUUACACUCAAUUCUCUGGUGUCUGAAGCAUUUGUGAGGUUUUUUGUGGAGCUGGUGGGACAUUAUUCUUUGAACGUGACUGUCACGGAGCGAGGGGAGCGUGUGUUCCAAAGGGAGCCAUUUCGUAAGUCCCAUACCUCGCGAAGUAUCCGCCACUUCCUUGAUCUUUUCAUGGAGACUCAGAUGUUUGCAGGAUUCAUCCAGGACCGGGAGCUUCGGAAAAGUGGAGUUAAAGGUUUGUUUGAGGUUCGGGCUCUCCAAUAUUUGGAAACAAUUCCCGAGUCUGAGCCUAGUGGGGUGAAUAGAAUUUUGCGGAGUCUUGGAAGUAAAAUGAAAUUUCUGCAGAAGAAAUGAAUCUUUGUCUCCAUCUUAAAUAGAGUGAAAAGUGCCAAAGAAAAUGUUCCUCUGAUGCCUUUGAAGUAUUCUGCAAAAUUUUCUUAAUUUU